ACCGCCCCCGCGACACUCUCUCACCCACCGCCGACACGAAAUAUCCGCUGCGCCAUUCUUCUCCGCGCCGUCACACUUGCUCCGUGGCAUCAGCUGCAGCAUCCGCGUCGCGACCUCCGAAAAGCUGGCUGCACGCGUCAGCAACGCCAGGCUUCGCUCCGAUCCACGCCCACGGCACAUGGUCCCUCUUUCCGCGCGGGUCUGCGAGAGAUGAGGCUGAAGUGAGUGCUCCGGCGACGAUAUGUCGCAGACAGCUGGUGUCAAGCGCAAGUUGGAUGCUGCCGCCGACUUUGUGCGUUCACGACCAUCUCCAGGCGCCUCCUCGCAGUCUUCGCGGCUGGCGAAUGGCGCACAUUCUAACUCUUCAACUUCUGCCACCACCAAUGGCAACCACUACACCUCCCCAGACUCCGACGGGAUGCAGACAUCAGAUGCUGGUGACAUGCUGCGGGGCGUAGGCUCGGCGAGCUCAUUAGAGACCACCGCAUCUUCGGCCUUCUCGCGCAACUCACAGUCAUUCGCCCACAACAGCCAAACAGCAGCCCACGGCUACACGCCUCUCACCAACCACACAGAUUCAUCUCCACCCAAAGGUCCCUUUCCUCAGCACUCGAAAAGUGCCAUGGAAAUGACUUCCCUCGACGGCGCCGUCGCGUCCGCCUCAUACGAGCCUCUCUCGGACUCGACAGCGCAUCCCCCACAGCAACAGCAGCGUCCGCAGAUGCUGCCGCCCCCUGGCAAAGCGAAAGGGUACAGAGCGGUUUGGGAUCCAGAAUUAGACAACAAGCUCAGCAGAGAAGAACGAAAACGGGCCGCAUUCAAGAAAAGAGACUUUGGCACAGAGGCAUACGAACCGGAUCCGCCACCAGAUCCACGCCUAGCUAUACCUGGCUAUAUGUCAGGUCUGUGUCGGCCAAAAACACAUCCCAGCAAAGCCAUUCUGCGAAUCGCGCCCUACAACUUGCCACCAUACAAAGUGGACAGGAAUUCCAUUGGGCCAGGCGAAGCACAACAAGUGGUUGCGAUAGGAUUCGAUCCUUUCUUGGCGGAAAGCACCUUGAAGCUGAACUUUAGCACGUUUGGCAGCAUUGCUUCUGUUCAGAACAAGACAGAUCCAGAGACGGGUAGCUUCCUCGGGAUCGCCUUGGUGAAGUAUCGGGAUGCCGUGAGGGAUGGUCUCGAGGUUUCCGCAGUCGCUGCAGCCAAGCGAGCUGAGGCGGAGUUCAGCGGUGCACGCAUUGGCCUUCAUACAAUCAAGGUGGAGCUUGACCGCGAGGGCAAAAGAUGCAAAAGAUAUGUGGAACAGGCCUUGAAACAAGCACGAGACGAACGUGACAGACUUCGACCUGCAGCACCUCCUGGUCCCCCCGAGACCAAGACUCGAGACUUCCUCGCGCCCCCACCGACAGCACCCAAAGGUCCGUCCGGCAAAAAGUCGAAAGCACCUCCUGCAGGUCCGCGCGGUCGUGGCGGUGCAGCAGCACCCGAAGAAGCUCAAAACUCACGCGCCGCGGCGGGUUCGGGAAUAGAGGAUGGAUCCGUUCUGAGCAAGAUCAAGCGCAAGCCAUACAUACACAUUCCCAGCAAAUCUGUACCUGUCCUCGCAACGACAAUCCCGCAUCUGAAGAAGCGACUGAAGGCAUACGAUUGGCGAGAAGUGCGCCUGGAUAAGAGUGGCUACUAUGUGGUCUUCGACGAUUCUAAGCGUGGAGAAGAUGAAACGGAGAGGUGCUUCAAUGAAUGCAAUCAUGGUGCUUUGUUCACUUACAAAAUGGCGAUGGAGUGCCAGAAGUAUGGCAACCCAGACUAUGAGAGAAGUCCCAGCCCUGAGCGGGUGAUUGCAGAGAGCAAAAGGCGCGAAGAGUUUGAGCGGCUGCAACGGGAAGAAGCCGAAGAUCUCGAGAUUGAGAAAAAGAACAGAGCAGAGAAUCUUGAUCCAGUGCAUGGUGCGCUGGAACAGCUUCGGCUGGAGCUGCGUGAUAGGAUUAUGGGCGACAUCAAGACCAGAAUUGCCAUACCAAUCUUCCACGAAGGUCUGGAUCCGACUCGACAUGUGGACAGACGUCGUAAGCUUGGGCUUAGAGAUCCUGUGGAAAAUGACAACAAAGCGACUUCUUUGCUAUUCCACAAAGCGGGAGAUGGACUUCUCGACAUGCCCAAAGGACGACGUGGCUAUCCUCUAUCUCAUUCUAGGCCUCUCCGACCACACGACCCUCAUCACCGAGGACGAAAGGGCGACAACAAGAACAGGGAACCUAGCAAUGCAUUCGUGGACGAAAGACGGCGAAAGCCCCCAGCGCGACCAUCGCAUACCAGAGGCUUGCACUUUAAGCUGCAACAAAUGUACGCCGAAGAAGAGGAGGACUCUGACGACGACCACCCUACGCCGAUCACGCGCGCCGACACCGAGGACCAGGAGAGCCGUCCACUCAGCCGCGCGAGCCGCAAUUCGACGCCAUUCGAUUCCGAGUCUGUCACCGAGACGACACAGAGCAACAAGCGCCGCAAGGUCAGCGAGUGGGAGGAUGAGGAGAAAGAGGCGUUUGAUGCAUUCCACAGAGAGAUGCUCGGUCACCUCCUGCACAAGGAGCCUGAGGAUCUUGCAACUCGCGAGCUCGAGCUAGUCGUGAAUACACUGCCACGAACUUCGCGAUAUGCCACAAGAGCCAGGACAGAGCUAUACAUUCGUCAACGCACCAAGCUUGACGACGACCUCUUCCAGGUGGAGGAGGGACGGAAGGAGUCGAGUGUGGACCCGUCUGUUGCCGCAAGCAAGGAGCCAGAAGGCACGCCUGCGCUCGACAUUGGCAAAGUGGUCAAGGAGAAACCCAAGCGCAUUCGCAAGUCUAAGAAACAGCUUCAGGAAGAACGAGAAGCGCUCAAGGCGGAAGCCAAGAAAGCAAAGGCUGCCACCAAGGUUGUGGCCACGGAGACUGUUGCCAAGAUCGAGGAGAAGGAACGUGAGAUUGAAGCCAUCACCGUGGACAAGAGUGUGCAGCUGCACUUCACCCACGACAAGCCUAGGCGAACUGUGGAAGAGGAUCGCUCCGUGGUUCUGGACAUUGAUGGCUGGCAACAGUUCAUCAAGGACGACGAAGAUCUUGCUUUCGCCAAGCGUGCCUUUGCUCGUCACGCCGCGUACGACGUGGGCGAUGCAAAGGUCUGGGCAUGGAAGCAGAAGGAGAUCAAGGCGCUCAACACGGAUGGAUUAGCUGGUAAAGCACAACCGGAGCCACUCAUCCCAGGCUACUACGUGCCCAAUCCGACUGGUGCUGCUCGUACUGAAGGAGUCAUCAAGAUCAUGAACGAGGAGAAGUCUAGAUACCUUCCCCACCGCAUCAAGGUCCAGAAAGCUCGCGAAGAACGACAGGCUCUGGCAACGGCAGACCCGACUGCAGCCGCCGAAGCUGCCAAGGUCGCAGCUGCAGAAAAAGUCGUUACUACCGCUACUUCUCGCAGCAACCGUGUCAACAACAGGCGUCUGGUGAACGAUAUCAAUCUGCAAAAGCAGAGCUUGGCUUCCACGGGUGAUGCCGAUGUCGCGAUACGCUUCAACCAACUCAAGAAGCGCAAGAAGCUCGUCAAGUUUGAUCGAUCUGCCAUUCACGGCUGGGGUCUCUAUGCGGAGGAGAACAUUGCCAUCAACGAUUUGAUCAUCGAAUACGUGGGUGAGAAGGUGCGACAAAAGGUCGCAGAUAUGCGUGAGAUCAAAUACGACAAGCAGGGCGUGGGUUCCUCGUACCUCUUCCGUAUGCUGGACGACGAGAUUGUGGACGCGACCAAGAAGGGUGGCAUCGCUCGUUUCAUCAACCAUUCUUGCAGCCCGAACUGCACUGCCAAGAUCAUCAAAGUCGAAGGGACGCCGAGAAUCGUCAUCUAUGCCCUCAAGGACAUUAGCAAGAAUGAUGAACUCACCUACGACUACAAGUUCGAGCGCGAGAUUGGCGCGACGGAUCGAAUCCCAUGUCUUUGCGGUUCCGCCAACUGCAAGGGCUUCCUGAACUGAGCGAUUGAUACCCUGUUUCGACUAUGGCUGGUAGGGAAGCAAGGCAUUGCUCCUACCUACAUCUGAGACUUUUAACUUUCUUGGUACUUCGAGCGAGGGCACAAAAUGGGUUGCGGGUUGCAUUUGCGUGGCGUGGCCUGGCGUGGCGGGUCAAGAAGGCUUCAACAGAUUGCCCAUGGCAUUGCUGUUGAAGUGGCUUUCCGGGAAGGUCGGGCGGCGCUUACUUUACACGCAACAGAUUCACUGCGUGUUUCCCCCUGUGUGUGCAUAAAUGGGGAAAGGUACGUGUGACGAGUACGCAAGUGAAGGUGCGGCUAGACAGUGCCGUGUAGCAGUAGUAUUGCAGCAGAAAGAAAGGAAAAAAAAAGGGGAACCAAAGCCGAGAUACACUAGUCGAGAGAAUGAAGACUUGACAAGAAGAAGAAUACCGAC